CAUAUACAUUUCUAACCACAUUAAAAGUCGGCUAGGUCAGCUGAUAAUAUAUUGUAUUCUGAUUGGUUGACUUAUUGGCCCGAUGUUAGACAAGAUUGUCCAAUCAGGUUAUCUCAUGGUUACAACGUAAACUAAAUCCAUAUUUGAGGAAUAAACACUUCUACCUGUGCAGCCAGAUAUUGACUUAAAAUGUUGAUUCCAGUUUUGGCCGCUUCCUAUUAAUCUGCACACGCCAAAAAUUUUCUCAAUGAAGACUUUUUACCAGUGGACAAAAUCAGUAAACUAGGAGUUAAUUUUAAAUUGAGGUUUCAUAAUGCAUCGAUCCGACAGCUAGUUACAUUCCCAUUGAAAUUAAUUUCUUACCAGGUGAUGUAUAAAUGCGAUAGAUGUGCUUACUGUCUAUCUAACUGCAUACAUUAUUUUCCUGCUUUCCUUUUUCAUUUCGAUCUUGGCUGUGAUAAUUUCGUAGUAUAGCAUACCACCACAUUGUAUCACUUAGUAUGGGUAUUCUUCUGGGUUUGCAACAAUGAGGCUGAUAUGCGAAAAGCUUUUGAAAUUGGUGCUUCAGGAUUGUCUGUAUACCUAUUCGACUUGUUCGUUACCAUGACAUUUGUAGAUGAUGUCUCAAGUCACAAUCCCAUUCCAAAUGUGCAUUUGGGGACGGAAUGUGGUAAAAUAACUGAUGCCAAUGAGUCACUGAUUGGUAGACGAGUUGUACAUGAAGAAUAUUUCGGCACAAUAUGUUAUGUUGGUCAGCUACCAAAUUCAAAAGACAUCUGGCUUGGUAUCGAUUGGGAUGAUUCGUCACGUGGUCGGCACGAUGGGAGCUACAAUGGCAUUCGUUACUUUCAGUCCAAGAGUCCAACAUCUGGUUCAUUUGUUAAACCUUCAAAAUUGUCUUUGGGAACUAGUUUAGAGGAAGCGCUUGUGUACAGAUAUGCUUUAUGUGCAUCCUGCCAGUUGGGAGCUCAAAUCAAUUCUUACUCACACAAGCCUGAAGAAAGCGUUAAAAAAAGCCUUUUUCAUGAAACCAACCAAGCGGGUCGUCUGGAUGCCUAUAUCAAUGAUAAUUUCAGUUCAGAAGACGCUGAGUACUCUGGUGAUAAUGGGCAAGUGAAAAGUGCAAUACGUAUUGAACUUUACACUACUCCUGCGGUUAACCAAAGUCAAAAGUCGAGUUCCCAUUACAAUGCUUGCGGUGCAUCAAUUGCCAAAGACAGAUUAAACCGUUUAAAAAGUGUUAGCUUGUCAUCAAUACCUGUGUAUCGUGCGCUAUACGGAACGAAAACUUAUGAUACCAAUCAUCAACCUGAAUAUGCACCUCUUUGGCCAUCAACUGGAGGCUGUUUAGGUCAGUUUUUAACAAGUUUGACCGAAUUAGAAAUGAUUAACUGCUUGCUAUCUAAGUGGACAGAAAUCGCCGAGAUUUGCAUUCAAAUCCCCUGGUUGAAAUGUCUCAAUGUUAGUUGCAACCGCAUUCGUUUACCUGUUUCUCUCAAUGAAGUUUCUAAUAAAUAUGAUGCCAGCGGAUGUUUGGAAUCAAGGCUUCUGUAUGAUGUGGAUUCACAUCCUUUACUGAGUGAAAAACUGUGCUCCAGUGCUUUUCCACAUUUGUCCCAACUUACUUUGGUUAGAUGUUCACCCUUGGACUGGGAAAGUAUUCGAAGAAUAAUAUGUUGGAUGCCGUGUUUACAGAUCUUAUCACUUGCAUACAAUAACUUAGGCAACCCUUCGUGUGAUUGGGAGGAAAGUGCCAUUAAAGCUUUCCGAAGAUUGAGUGAACUGGACUUAACUCACAUAAGUCUGACGUCUGCUUAUCAAUUAUUUACUCUGAUCGGACCGUCUACAGAUUUAAAUACUUUGUUGUUGAAUUGUAAUGAGAUUUCAGAACUACCAGAUUUAUGUAAUGUGUCUGAAGAUAUCUGUCAAAAGCAAGUUGGCAGUAAUAAUUAUAAUGGUAAAAUAUCAUGGUUUCAAAACCUCAAAAUGCUGGGUUUAAAAAGCAACUUGUUCAAAGAUUGGAAAUUUGCAAACCGAUUACUGCAUUUAUCUAAAUUGAGACACUUGAUGGUAUCGGAUUGCCCAGUUUUCGAAGAUUGUUCCCCUAAGGAGACUGCUCGUCAGGAAGUAAUUGCUCGUCUACCAAAUAUUAAGAUGUUGGAUCGUGAGGAGAUAACCCCUGAAGAGCGUCGUGGCGCUGAAAUAGAUUAUCUAAAGCGUUAUGGAGCAGAAUGGUUGCGUAUCACUGAAAUGAAUCAGGCUGAUGGCAGUAUACGUGUAACUGCAUCUGAAGAAUUUCAUAGAUCGCAUCCAGUUUUCACUAGACUUUGUGAAAAAUAUGGAGCUCCUGAAAUCGGGGAAACUAAACUAGUCACCCGUUCAAUUAAGGAAGGUCUUAUAUCUGUUACUUUUGUCAUACAACAAGGCGACAGCCAAAAAUUAAACGAAUCAAGUAGUCAAUUGCCGGUGAGUGAAAACAAUACCACUCAUAAACAAAUUCCUAGUCGAAUGACUAUCAAUCACUUACGUAUGAUGACUAGACGACUAUUCCAUCUAUCACCGAAAACAUCGUUUGAAUUAUAUGCACAAAGUAAAAGGGGUCCUGAUAAUACUGCAGUAAUACCAUUGGAUGGAGAUACACGUGAAAUAGGAUUUUAUAGUCUGGAAAGUGGUGAUCUUAUUCUGGUACGAUUACAAUGAAAGCAGAUCAUGUUCAUGGGUAUAUAUAUAUAUAUAUAUAUAUAUAUAUACUUCAUAUCUUCUUUCUCUACUUUCUUUUUGCAAUAUUUAUUUUCCUUCUUUUUGUACUGUUGUUAAUGAUAUUAUUUAACUUGUAGCAGGUUUAUCUGUUCAAAACAAGUUAUGAAAAAUAUAGUUGUAUACAAUU